AGCUCUGAGCCCAAACCAGCACUUGGGAUAAUGGCACCCAGCGCUCUCUCCCUGGAAAUCCUAACACCCAAAGAGAAGAACAGACUCAGGAAACCCAUUGUAGAGAAACUGCGACGUGAUCGGAUUAACAGCAGCAUCGAGCAGCUGAAACUGCUCCUGGAGAAGGAGUUUCAGAGACACCAGCCCAACUCCAAGCUGGAGAAAGCCGACAUCCUGGAGAUGACCGUCAGCUACCUGAAAUACAGCCGAGCUUUUGCAGCAUCUGCCAAAAGCCUACAGCAGGAUUACUGUGACGGCUACGCCUGGUGCCUCAAGGAAGCUCUGCAAUUCCUGUCUCUCCAUUCAGCGAGCACAGAAACCCGGAUGAAGCUCAUCUGCCACUUCCAGAGGUCACAAGCAGUGCCUAAGGACUCUGGUUCUUCUUCUGCACCCGCUUCCACCCACCAGCCCCCUGCAAAACAAGCAGCACUGAAACCCUCCUGCAGCCUCUGGAGGCCUUGGUAGGCCAAGAGAACACUUAUGUGUUUCCUGGACAUUUGCUCGUAUUCUGGAGGAGAUCGUGACUUGCUAUCCAAGUCCCCCCGCUCCUCUCAUGAGUAGGGAAGAAUGUUUUCCUUUUGCAGAGCAUUACUAUGCUUGGAUGUCCACCUCCCUUCUUCCAGGAGGACUGAAACGAUCCCACCACGUGGAGAGAAAGUUAUUCUAAAAGAAUGUGAGAUGUAAUCCUCCUGCUUGGAGGAGUGAGAGGAGUUGUUCAGAGAGGAACACCGACUGUUCUUAACCUUAGUGAGGUUGUACGUGUACAUCUGUGGGGAAAGUGGUAACUUCUAAGAUAUUCAGGCUAGCUUUUUCAAACGUGUCCGUUCAGGAGGAGCCUUUUCCUCUGUCUUGUCCCACUGGGGACUCCCAUGUCCCAGGGUAUCCACACCUCUGCUGCCCAGCUGUGGAGACCCCACGUGGCCCAAGCAGAGCAGCUACUUGAACUGGACACAUUUGAAAAUGUAGCUUUCCUACAGGUGCUGUAAUGGGUUCUAUGAUAUUUGUAGACUGUACUGAGCGUGCUGUGACUAUGGUUAAACCAUAACUCAAACUACGUAGAGGAAAUUCCUCAGGAUGUCUUGCUCACAAAAUCAGUGUUCUGUUUGUGAGGUUCAGGAUAUGUAUGCCUUUUAUAAAGGCAAGAGCUCAUUUUUAUAUCCUUAUAGGAAAGAAAGUUACGGCUGUGUUGUCGAUUUUACAAGAAGUAUUUAUGAAAGUCUUUCAUGAAAGGCAGGUGUACAAAUUGUAUUUACUCUUUGGUACCCUACCACCAGGGGAAAAUGUGAAUUCAUUACUGUCCUUGGAGGAUGCUGUGAUGUGUUAUGUGUGAGCUGCACCAAUUGUAUAACCUCUGCCAGAAGUUAUAUCUUGAACUUCAGGAGCUGCAGAAAUUUUUAA